UAGAGUUUGGGAAACGCUGCUGUAGAGACUGGGCAGCGCUAGCGUUUUGCUGAAAUGGUAACUUCGAGCCCCGCUGCUGUAGAGACUGGGCAGCGCUAGUGGAUACCGCCAUGCUGCUGAAAUGCGUUGUGCUCAUUGUACUUUUUUGGACAAUGGAACGGAAAACCGAACCAAAUCAUAUGACUGUAACGUUACAAUGUUCCCUCUAAAAGAGAUGGGGAAGGGGUGGGGCACACUUCAAACAUGUAUACACCCCCAUAUCAUUUGUUCUGAUUAUAACGCGUUCUGCUCCCACAGUAUGUUGCCUUUAAGCGAUAUAUUUAUGACUGAAAAACAGCAGAAUAUAUAACAACACUCGGUCAAAGUUUAGGUUGUCAGGUGGCUGCUGGUACCCCCAGGUGGCUCAAUUUACCACGCGCUACAGUGAUGUAUUCUGAAUGCUGGUGAGAUUGUGCGUCAUUCGUGUGAUUAGAUUGUGUUCCAUGUGACUUGCCAUACAGUAUCCAAAACCCCUGGUGCCGAGAGAGGAGAUGUGGGAAGGACACUAUGCUACAGUAGCGCACUGGGUUGCUGCUGUUCAGAGAGGAGUCGUCCAGACUCCGCUGUGGUACCGGAUGAUGCAGAGACAGAUAGAGCGCAGUAGGCUUUUCAGUUCUCAUUGGAGACGUUUUGCAGUCGCUUAGGAAUGUUUUCACGUUUUGCACUAAAGGAAGUUUUCUGAAGCAGGAAAAACUGUUUCUAGUCCAACCUAUCCCCUAUGACUUGAUUGGGGAGAAGUGAGUGGAGUAAACCGUGCCUCUGCGCGGUGCGGUGUUGCGUUAGGGGUGACGUUCGGUGGGGAAGAGGCUGAAACGGUAUCAGGGUGAGAAGAGAUUUUCCGUGACAGCAAAUAGAAGAUCUCCAUUGGGCUCGAGCUCCUCUCUCUCUCUUUUCUGACAAACCAUCACUCACCGACCAACCGUCACCGUUUGAAGAUGCCCUGCGCUUCAUGAACGAACGAGUGUCCUCAGUUCCUCCAUUGUAUGCUGGCUAUACUGUAGCCUACCUGGCGACAAGGCUGCAUGUUUUGGAUAUUUGGAUAGGAUAAACAGCGUAGUCGUUUUUGGAUUGAAAUUACCAACGGAAAAUUCAUCCAUAAAUAAUGGACGAGCGAUGUUAAUAGUGGACAACUGAAGGGAUUGAUAGCCCGCAACGCAUUAUAGUCUAGGGUCCCUCCCAGCCUUCCCAGGUGUUGUGUGGUGGUCUAGAAUGUAGGGAUGAUCCCUGUGGGGCGACUGAAGGCUCAGCCACAGCUGUGGCAGAUAGAGAGAGAUGCCUCUCCAUGGCUGUGGAUGCUCCCUGGCCCUGGUUCUGCUGCUGCUGCCUCGGGGCUCUGCCGGCUGGGUGCCAAUACAGCCCCUGUUGCCGCGCCACACCAUCACCACCCCUUCCUGCUCUCCCAUCACCACCCUCCUCCGUUGCUCCAAGCCGUCUCCAGCUGGCAGCUGUCCUGUGAUCCCUUCCUGCCUCUGGCCAGGAUACCGACACACACAGCAGCUAACCCUGGCAUCAGUCAGUUUCCCCUGCAGAACGUGCAGUGGGAGCUGCCAUCUCCACACCACGUGCUGAGAUUUCAGCCUUCUGCCAACCUGGAGCUGGUCCCUGUGUUUCCCCAUCUGCACCGCUCAGUGCUGCCUCCUCACUGUGGCAAAGGAUGGGUGGAGAAACGAGUCCCCGACUACAAGGCAUACUUGAACAACACUCUGGCUCUGGAGAACACCACUGGCUUACUCCGGAGGAAAUAGGAAUUUUCCAGCGGCACGAAAAACCAUUGUUGCUGACAAAUCAAAUGGCAAUGAUCAUAUCUAGGCCAGCUACUGUCCAGGAGUCUCAAC